UAGUAUAGUACCUUAGCGGAGGCAUGUUCCAUUGGGCGAUGUCGGCGAAACUGAGGACGCUUAUGAGUUAACCUAUAGAGCUUGGUUAUACCUCGUACUAUCAUAUGCGAGCUUGUAUGAUCUCGAUUUUGAAAAAUAAUUCGAGUCGCUUCGAAUUGCAAUACCAGACUUUGCCAUGCGGGAGCUUAAACGAAAUCGUUCGUGAAAACCAAUAGCGCUGUCGUGGACCCUAUGCAUGACAUCCCGGUUACUAAGUUGCCCCUCAUCUCAACCCAAACUCAUCCUCUUCACCAUAAUUUUCAUCUGCUAUAACUUAAUGCUUCCUUGAACAUCAAAGAUGGGAAACUUGCUAGUUCUCGGAGAUUCUGAUAUACAUGAUAUCCUCAUAAAUCUCUCAAGGGCCCAGAUUCUCAACUUUAGUGAUGCGCUCCUCCAAUGUUUAAGAUCCUACUCUGUUGGAGCUGAGCGACAGUAUCAACCCGCCCCGGGUGUGAUCAAUCGCCCCGAAGGGCAGAAAUGCCUCUUCCGACCGUUUACAUCACCUGACAGCGUCGGGACCAAGAUCGUUAUUACACCCGCUCCAACAUCGAAAGCCGCCGGCGCUCUGCGCGGCAUAGUCACUAUGUGCGAUGCUGACGGCAUACCAUCCGGUAUUCUCAACGCCGAGGAGGUCACUGGAUAUCGUACCGCGCUUAUCGCAUUGAUACCCUAUCUCUGGCGCAACUAUACUGAAAACAUCGUAAUUUUUGGCGCUGGCAAGCAGGCUCUCUGGCACUUGCGUCUCGCCCUAGCGCUGCGGGGCGACGAGAUCAGGUCCAUCAUUAUCGUCAAUCGGACUGUGUCGCGGGCGGAAGCAUUACUCGCGAAAGUUAGAGAGGAAAAUAGUACCCGGUGGAAAUCUGCAGCAACGAUGCAAGCUAUUGAUCCUUCGCGCUCCGACUAUCAAGAAUGCUUAAAGGGUCAUCUCUCAGUUGCCGAUGCGAUCUUCUGUACCGUCGGUUCGACCGAGCCGUUAUUCCCCGCGAGCUACGUAUUAAAUGACGGAAGAAAACGCCAGCCCUAUGUCUCUGCUGUUGGUUCGUGGCAGCCGGAUAUGAUUGAACUAGACCCGGAGCUCAUCCACCAAACGGUAAAAGGAAUCACAUCAGGAUCCAGGGCUGGUUCAGUCCUCGCUGACGACCGCAAAUACGUCGUAGAGCACUCGGGAGAGUUUGCGCGGAGCAAGAUAGGGGCUGAGCACGUUGUUGAAAUCGGAGAGGUUGGAAAUCUACAGAAUAGUGAGACUAAUAAGAAGCCUCUUGAGAAUUGGAUGAAAGAUGGGCUACUAGUAUACAAAUCUGUUGGCGUUGGCCUGACUGACCUCGCUGCUAGUAAUGCCAUUAUGGCCAUUGCGAAGGAGCGCCAACUAGGCACUACCGUUUCACAUUUCUAACGAAAUUGAGUACUUAGAAUGCGGUCUCUUGAGUCCAUGCACUUGAUAAAAGUCGUUUGUGAUAUGUUGUUAAUUGAAUCUAGAU